AUGUUUGGAAGCAGCAACACCUUUGACCCCAACACCGACAUCCCUGAUCUCUCAGGCAAGGUUUAUGUCGUGACCGGUGGAUCAGCUGGUAUUGGUUUCGGCAUCUGCGCCCAUAUCCUCCAACACAACCCCGCCGCCCUCUAUCUUCUCGGCAAGAAGGAAGAGCACAUUCAGGAAGCUGAAGAAAGCCUCAAGAAAUACGGCGACAUCUCCAAAGUUCACUCUGUUCAGAUCGAACUCGAAGACUUGAAGCAGACAGAUCAAGUAGCCAAGGAGCUGGCUUCCAAGCUCGACAGGCUCGAUGCUCUCAUUUGUAACGCUGGACUUGGAGUUGGAGUCUUCAACCUGACCAAGGACGGCAUCGACUCUCACAUGCAGGUGAAUCACAUCUCACAAUUCCAUCUGACCCAGACUCUGCUCCCUCUGCUUCAAAAGACUCCUGGUUCUCGCCUUGUCCUGCAGUCCUCGGAUCUCCACCGUGGAAUCAGUGAUGUCAAAUUUGAAUCAGAGCAGGAGCUUAAUCAGGACAUCGGUCCCAUGAUGCUCUACAACAGAACCAAACUUGCCCAAGUCCUUUACAUUCGUGCUCUGGCAGAUCGCAAGGAGAAGGCUCAACUGGGUUUCGACGACGACGUGAGCGCUGGACCGUUCAUGAACGCCACACAUCCUGGUGGAGUUAAGACCGACCAGCAGAAGCAGGCCGUCGAUGCUUACGGAACUCUUGGUAAAAUCGGUGUUGCAGCAGUGAAGCCUUUCUUGAAGGACCCUGUCGAUGCUGGAUGUCGUCCAGCACUCUUCGCGGCAACCAGCAACGACGUUGUCAAGGAGCAUAUUCAAGGCCAAUACAUCGUGCCUGACCGCAAAGUAACUGACCCAUCUAGCGAGGCUCGCGACCAGCAACUUGGAGAGAACUUGUGGCAGCUGACAGAAAAGGUUAUUGUCAGCAGGUUGGGCAAUGCUGUGCCAUACAAGCUUCAGUACGCUUAG